AUGUCCGCCGACGCGGAGGUAGCUGCUCAGCUGCCCAACGGCUUGCUCGAUAAUCGCUCUGCCCAGGACCAGGAUCCCGUCACCCCUCCCGACAAUGACAGCGAGAUUCUCGCACCGAACUCGCCUCUGCCGUCGACCGAAGCGCCGCCGUCACCCAUCGAUGAACCAAGUGCUUCUUUCAAGACUGAAUACAACGAUGACAGACUCGCCUCGUCAGCCAUUAUCCCCUCAUCUCUGACACCGCCACCGUCCUCUCAAGUGCCCUCUCACGCCCGCAAUGGCGUCCUGCCGAGCGCUUACAUCGCUUCCCAACGCUCUACCCUUUUCUCUCCUCCCGCCACGGGGCUCGCCGCUUUUCGACCAGCAGACGUCGCUCUGGCCGCCGACUACGUGCCACCUGCACCUCAGCAGGUGCUUGAGGCGACCGCCGACGAGCUGCGCGCCAUGAUGCAGACGUGCAUUGCCGAGCAGGCGAGGCUCAAGAUGGAGGCGGCCCACCACAAGCUGCAAUACAACCUGCUGAGUCUGCAGGCCGAUGAGGAUGCGAAGCGGGCUGAGGUUGAAUUCGAAAUGAUGAGGCGGGAGGUGGAGGCUCUGAGGACGGCCGAGUACUCUCAGCAUGCCCGCCGGGAGCUCAGUGCUGCUACCGAAUCAGCCCAGCUCAAGUACCUGCAGAUGAAGACGCUGUUUGAGGAUUCCGUCGAGGAGAACCGUACCCUGAGCCGAAGAUUCAAAAUGGCCAAGAAGCUGGUCUCGCAGAAGGAGGAAGAGAUCACGAGCCUCAGCGAGGAGAGGGAUAUGCUUCUCAACCGCAUCCGCGAGAACAGAGAACACUUUACCAUGCUCUGCAACCCCGGCGGCAUGUUCCACGGGGCCAUGACGCCGACUAAGGCGUCACAGAAUGUGUCGACCCCCCAGCAGGUGCGGGCGCCAACACGACAGGCGCCCAAGACGGUGCCAGACAUCCGAACGGCUCCCUCUCCCGGCCAGGAGCCCAUGGCUGCCCUUCUCCAAGCGCUAAGCCAGGACAACAACAGCGCUCCUUCCACGCCUGUUGCCGCAGCUCGCCCAGUUCCCCGUCUGUCGGCGAAGCACACGCGCAACGCCCAGUCCCUCUCAUCGCUGCCCACGACGCCCGGCUACAAGCCUCGUGGUGAACACAUGGGGCUCCUGCCGUCAGUUGACCUUGUGCCGCAGACCGAGCCGCCUGCACGUUAUUCCAACAGGCAAUUCGCACCGCCGUCGCCGACACCACGACGCGAGCGUUUCCACAAGAGCCGUGAGAGCACCAUUUCGGCCGUCGACGACAAUGAAGAGCUUGCCAGGCAGGCCCUCGAAUCCGUUGCAAAGUCAGCUUCGUUUCUCUCGCAGGCCUCUCGUGGAUCUCAACGCGGCCCUCGGAGGCCGCUGCCGAACAAUGGCGAGCACGACGACGAUGAUGAGGCAUUUGAGAGCCAGGCGAGCCAGGCGGCGUCGGAGAUGUUGCGCAGGGAUCCACGCUCGAGCUUUGAGAUCGCGAGCGAGGCCCGGAGCGGGACACCAGCGGCAGCGGAGAAGAGCGCGAGGCUGCAGGCGAAGCUCCUGUCGGGCAUGGCGGGGGGCAACGGAGGCGAGAAGAGGAAGUUCAGCGGCGGCAUCCCACCGCCCGAGGAUCUAAGGCAGAUACAGGCAAGCCCGCCCAAGAAGCUGCGCGUCAGCACGCAGCCUAAACUUGGCGCUCGUCUCCCAUUCGCGCCCUCGCGCACCUCGACGCAUGACACGCUCGCCAUGAGCGAGAGUGUGUCGGCUGCCAAACGGCGGCAGCGCCGGAUCCCGGACGAGUUUCGUAAGAGAAACGCCCAGAGCUGCGACCUCUGCAGAAAGGUGAGCUCUGUUCAAGAGUCAUGGUGCCCCGCGGACAUCACGGUCCACCGUGGUACCGAUGCUGGCAGGGGACUGACGAUCUGCAGCGAAGAUGCCGUUGCAUAUCGCUGUCUCGAUGCCAUUGUCAAAGGAGCGUUUCCCAACGAUUUGACCGCGACGGCGGAGGAUCUCGUUGAGCUUGGCCGGCGCAUGGGGUAUGCCAUGCCGGACUUCUCCCAGCCGCGGAGAAAGGGCGUCAAGAUUGAGGAUCUCGUGCGCGCUCCUGAUCCUGUGGGUUCUUCCCGGCACAACUCGGUUGCUGAAUCAAGGAUCUCUGGCUCGGAACUGGGUACCGGGUCUAAGGCGCCAAGCGAGGUCGGCACCGACGAUGCUACCUCUGCUGCUGCUGCUGCCUCGGGGGCUGAGGACGCUCAGCUGUCGCUGAUCAGAGACACCUCUGGCAAUGAGCAUUACAUCGGUCCCUCGGGCACUCUCAACUUUCUGAGCCAGCUGAGGCGACUGAUGGUCAGCAGCGAGGGAACGCCUGAGGCCCAGCCCGAGGUUGUCACCAAGUUCACGCAGGACGAUACGGCACAGGCGCUCGAGGCUGAUGAUUCGCCUGGGGCGCCCGGGGCCCUAGACCCGGCGACACAGACGGACGGCCCCCUCGACGGACCUUCCCCGGCUUCCGUCACUUCGGUCACGUCUAUCGCCAAGGACUUUACGCGCAUGCCGACUGUUGACCUUGAUGAGACGCUUCGCGGUCUGCCGGCCGACGAGACUCUCGAGCUCCUCGUUCAGUCGUACUUUAAGAACGUCCAUGACGACUACCCUCUGUUCCACCGAGCAACCUUUGAAGACGAGUACGAACUCUACAUUGUCCAAGCCAGACGCCGGCUGCAGUUUCUGCCCCAGAGCCAAGCCCAACCGCAGAAUCGAAGCAACGCCGCUCCCGACUGGGGCUGGAUGGGCUGCCUGCACAUGAUACUCGUCUUCGGCUCCAUCGCCCGCCCCGACAUCCCCGGCGUCGACCAUUCGCACCUGCGGCGGCGCUCGGUGGCGGCGGCGCGGACGCUUCUGCCGCAGUUCAUCUCCAAGUGCACCCUCUCCAACGUGCGCGUCCUCAUGCUCUUGUCGCUCUUCCUCCACAACAACAACGAGCGCAACGCGGCCUGGAACCUCGUCGGGACGGCGACGCGCAUCGCCUUUGCCCUCGGUCUGCACCGCAGCGACAUGCGCUCUUCGCUGCGCCCGCUCGACCGCGAGGUCCGCAAAUGGGUCUUCUGCACGCUCUACUCCUUUGAGCAGUUCCUCGCCUCGAGCCUGGGCCGGCCCAGCGGCCUGCAGGAGAUGGACGUCGAGAUCGUGCCGCCGCGGGAGGGCUUCCUCGAUGCUGGAACGGGCACCGAUGCCAAGCUUGUCUUUCUGUCACUGAGGCUGCAGGCCAUUCUUGCGCGCACACGCUUCGCCUACGCGCGGCCGCAGCGCCGCCCCGACGCCGAAGGCCAGGACGUCGUGCCGAGGCCGAGCGUCGACGACAUCAUGCGGUCCCUCGCUGCCUGGAAGCGGGAUGUCGCCGAGAACCCCAGCUUCCACAUGCCCGACAUCCAGACGCGGGUGUCCCUGCGCGGCCGCGGCAGCAGCGCCUCCCUCCACGACGAAGACGGGGAUGCCAUGGAGUUUGACGAGCUCAAGGUCGUGCUGUCGUGGAAAACGAGGGCGCAGCUGCGCGCCGUGCUCAUGCUGCAUAUCCAGUACCACUACAUCGCCAUUGUCGCGACGCGGCCCAUCCUGCUCCGCGAGAUCGCCGCCGCGCGCAAGGCGCUGCGCGACGAGGGCGCUGGGGCGCCACCGCCCGCCAUGUCGGCCGUCGCCGAUGCCUGUGUGCGCCACGCCGUGCAGCUGACGUACAUGGUGCUCUUCCUCGACGGCUUCGAGCUCGUCAACGGGCUUUCUGGCCUCGACGUCUUUUACGCCUACUGCGCUGCCAUGGUCCUCAUACUGCGGCUGCUGCGCAGGCCGCCUACCGCCGAGGGCGCCGAGGCCUCAGACCAGCAGGAGGAGCAGAUCCAGGUUGUCAUUCGGGAGCUGGUACGCAAGUCGCAGAGUGUCCUCAACAGGACGAACAAGAGCGGUUCGAUGAAGCGGUUCGCCUCGGUCGUCGAUGCGUUUGCCGAGUGCACAAGCCAGACGCCGGGGACGCAGGAAGACAAGGUGAGGGCGCUGCCGGGGAGUGCCUGGUCGCGGGGGUUCUCUGGUGGUGGUGUUUCUGCGCUGCCCCGACAGCCUGCGGCUCUUGACGCCGGCCAGUUUCCGUAUGGGAUGAUGGGUACUGGUGUCAUGGGUGUGCCGCCAGGACAGGCCUUCUCGAUGACUGCGCCGAUGGGGUUUGGCCAAGCGACGACAUAUGGGGUGCCCAACGUGCAGCUUGAUGACGGAGGGUUCUACUUCCAUCCGUUCAACGGCAGCGAAACGACGGCGCCUCCGGAAUGGGGAGAUAUGGAGAUGGUCAUGGCCGGGUACGGCAUGCCACGAUCAUAG